ACGCAUGGACCCUGUUGUUGAAUGUUGCUAUUGGUUGCUAUGGUUACCAAUUUAUAAACAAUAAUUGCGUGAUACGUUUAGAAGAUAGACUGAAAUAUGUUUUACCUCUUUUUGUGGCCUUUGUUAUUAAACUUACUUCCUUAAAAUAACUAUAUUUUAUUUCAUGGCAGAGUUGCAUAUAUUAGGGCAAAUACAACAAGCGGUAGAUUUUUGUGGUAAUUACUCGUUGUUUUGUCGUUAUACCAUUCAAGCAGGACCAAACUGGACACUUCUGUCAGGUUCUUCAGAGGGCCAAACACCCUCAGGUAGACCAAACGCUGAAAAGAGUGUUGUUUGGGCACAUCCAUUGGAUUUACAUUUUGUCACAAAAGGAAUACAAGGUUGGCCAAAAAUAUUGGUACAGACAAAUUGUCUAGACGCUCUGGGCCGUUCUUGGGUCCUAGGAUAUGGCUGCAGCACAAUACCUGCAGUGCCCGGGUACCACACAUUAAAUGUGCCCUGUUGGAUACCUGCAGCUACUUCAAUAUCAGACAAGAUCCGACAGUAUUUUAUUGGUGGAUCUCACCAAAUAUCUCAAACUGAUAUUAUUAGUUUAGGCAAUGAUAGGUGUAAAUUAAAUACUAACUCAAAAGGUAUUAUCACAUUAAAUUUAUGUGUUGUUUUAAGAAAUUUUACUCAAUUUGGAGUGGAGUAUAAAUAA